UUGACUAAACCCUGGUAAAGCACAGUUGAAAAAGCAGGGACGCAAAGACGAUCAACGACCAAGCAGAGCAUUUACCAAGCAGUAAUCUUGCAGACGUCACUGCAUGUGCUCCAACUUCACGACUAAGAAGAGAUAAAUCUUCAAUAGAUAGUACUGCUUGCCGUCUGACAAGCGUGUGGCAUAGUGUGGGGCAUAAUAUUUACAGUGCUGCUUGCAUAGGCAUUCUACAACACCCCCUCCAUCAUCACACUGUGCGUCUCCGUCCUGGCGCUCUGAACUGAUCAUCAGUGGAAGUGCUCCCGAGCUGCAGUAGCCCAACUGUGACAUCUUUCCACAAUUCGGUGUGUGCUCAGGCUGGCUGGCUGCUGCACAGGCACCAUGGAGCAAAAAUCACCUAAAGAUGAGGGCACCGCCAAGGGACAAGAGUCUCUGUCCUACCAGCGGAGGAUGUGGAAGAAUUUCCAGGAGAAAACCAAGCCUUGGCUCAGUCCUAAACUGGGAUCGGAGCGUCGGGGUGCCGGGGGCGCGGAGGGCAGCAAAAAGGAAUCGGGGUUAUGGAUGUUUAAGAGGAAAAAGAAACAAAUGGACCGGGUGUUUUCGUCGUCUCAGCCGAAUCUGUGCUGCUCUCCGCCGGCGCCUUUUGAAGGAGAUAAGAAGUCCCUUGGAAGCGACGCGGUCCCGGGUACCAGCAGCGACGGACAGCCUCUGCUACACCCCCUUGGCGCAGCUUCUGGAGCCACGGGGAGCAAACCCGAGCUGGCGGCGCACGGAAGCCCCAAACUCCCCGUAUCCAAGCUGAUCACGUAUCAGCAGAAGAGCUCCUCUCUCGGCUCGGCGUGCUUCGAGAAACUGGUGGUGGACCCGGCCGCGGUGGGGGGAGAGGAGGAGCAGCUGCGUAAAAACGCAAGUGAUUCUGGCAUUAACAUAGUUGGGCCCAGUAAUGCAGAGCCAACACCUCAACCUCCUAGUCCAGCCAUGUACCAGCUGGAUAUCGUCCUAAAGAAAGGGAACAACCUGGCCAUCCGAGAUCGGACAGGGACCAGUGACCCAUAUGUGAAGUUUAAGAUAGCAGGGAAGGAGGUGUUCCGGAGUAAGACCAUUCAUAAGAACCUCAACCCGGUGUGGGAUGAGAGAGUAAGCCUUCUGGUGGAAACCCUGAGGGACCCGCUAUAUGUCAAGGUUUUUGACUAUGACUUUGGACUUCAAGAUGAUUUCAUGGGCUCGGCAUACCUCCACUUGGAGUCACUGGAGCAUCAGAGGACACUGGAUGUGACGCUGGACCUGAAGGACCCACAGUACCCUGAACAUAACCUGGGCAGCCUUGAACUAGCUGUCAUUCUGUCACCGAAGGAGGGAGACAUGAGGGAUUCUACCAUGCUUUUGAGAAGGAACUGGAAACGAUCUAGUAAGUAUCAGAGUAUGCGUCUGUCAGAUGUACACAGAAAAGCCCAGCUGUGGCGAGGUAUAGUCAGCAUCAGUCUGAUAGAAGGUCGCAGCCUCCAGCCCAUGGAUGCCAACGGCCUGAGUGACCCUUACGUCAAAUUCAGGAUGGGGCACCAGAAGUACAAGAGCAAGACAAUUCCCAAAACGCUGAAUCCCCAGUGGAGAGAGCAGUUUGACUUCCACCUGUAUGAUGAGCAGGGAGGCUUCGUGGACAUUACAGUCUGGGACAAAGAUGCUGGCAAGAAGGAUGACUUCAUGGGAAGGUGUACCAUCAACCUGUCGCUUUUCGAUAAAGAACGCACACACAAGCUCGACCUGCCACUGGAGGAAGGUGAAGGUGUGCUGGUGUUGCUGGUUACACUCACCGCUUCCGCCGCCGUUUCUAUCUCAGACCUGUCAGUCAACAUGCUGGACGACCCACAAGAGAGACACCAGAUCAUGCAGAGAUAUAAUCUGUGGAGGUCAUUCCAUAACCUGAAAGAUGUCGGUGUGGUGCAGGUAAAGGUCAUCAGGGCUGAGGGACUGAUGGCAGCAGAUGUCACAGGUAAGAGUGACCCAUUCUGUGUGGUGGAGCUGAGUAACGAUCGGCUGCAGACGCACACUGUCUACAAAAACCUCAACCCAGAGUGGAACAAGGUCUUUACUUUUAACGUGAAGGACAUCCACUCGGUACUUGAGGUCACUGUUUAUGACGAAGACCGAGACAGAAGUGCAGACUUCCUUGGGAAAGUGGCUAUUCCUUUACUAAAUAUCCAAAAUGGAGAACGCAAAGCCUACGCCUUGAAAAGCAAGGAGCUGACAGGGCCAACAAAAGGGGUCAUCUUUCUCGAAAUAGACGUGAUUUUUAAUGCUGUGAAAGCUGGUCUCAGGACGUUGAUUCCCAUUGAGCAGAAGUAUAUUGAGGAGGAGCCCAGAGUGUCCAAACAGCUGCUGUUACGCAACUUCAACAGAGUUAGGCGCUGCAUCAUGUUCCUGAUCAACACAGGUUGCUACAUCAACAGCUGCUUCGAAUGGGACUCUCCACAGAGGAGCAUCUGUGCUUUUGUGCUUUUUGUCAUCGUUGUUUGGAACUUUGAACUCUAUAUGAUUCCUCUGGCUUUGCUGCUGCCUUUGGCCUGGAACUACAUCCUCAUCACAUCAGGGAAGGAUACCAGGCAAGAUGUGCAAGUGGUGGAGGACCUGCUGGAGGACGAGGAUGAGGAUUUUGACAAAGAUGACAAGGACCCUAAACCAGGCCCCUGGGAGGACAGCUGUGAUAAAAACCAUAUCCUCGAGGAUAUGUUGGCUUCCUGGCACUUUGAGUGGAUACGAGCGAUGGUGGACUCUGAGAGAAAGGGCUUCAUGAACAAGCUUUAUGCCAUUCAGGACGUGUGCAUCAGCGUGCAGAAUGCACUGGAUGAAGUGGCCUCCUAUGGCGAGAGGAUAAAGAACACAUUCAACUGGACUGUGCCUUUCUUAAGCUGGCUGGCAAUUGUGGCUCUCGGAGUGGCCACCACCAUCAUCUACUUCAUCCCUCUUAGAUACAUUGUGCUGGCCUGGGGGGUAAAUAAAUUCACCAAGAAGCUGCGAGACCCUUACACCAUUGAUAACAAUGAGCUGCUAGAUUUUCUGUCCAGAGUGCCCUCAGAUGUACAAGUGGUGCAGUACAGAGAGCUGAAACUGGAUCCCAAUCCCAGUCCAAAUAAAAGGAAGAAAAACAACCCCGGGUAGAUGACUGUGUCCGCCCACCAACUCCUCUCUUCUCCACUUUUCUUCUCGUGGUCUAUUACUGGACACUGAGGAGCAGAGGAAGACCGCUCUGGACCUGCUAGGCUCAACUAUCCUUCAUUUUUUUUCUUUCCCAUUUUCUUCUCUUAAACUUUCUUUUCUGUCUUUAAUUACUCAUGAUGUACAGUACAGUUUCCUGAAGUGUAAUUUUUGUAUGAAAAAAGAUGAAAUCUCUUGAAUUAUUCUCAUCACCAUUAUGCUUUUGAUUGAUUUUAAAGGCGAGUGGGAAGGAUGGAUGACCUUUUUUCUUAGCCGCGUGAGCCACUCUCCGCCUUUCUUCUCUCCAUCACUCUGACAGCUCAGAGGACUCUGUCCAUUUGCUUGCCACACACAAGUGUCACACAAUGAGUAAAACGAGUUUUACCAUUUAAACUCACCGUCCCAAAAAGACAAUCUCAGUGUGUCAAUGUUUAUCAAAAUACAAGCCUUAUACUAACAUUCUGCAUUAUCACUCUGCAAUAGACUUUAUGUUUUUUUAAGCCCAUCUUGUAGUUAUUAAAUGAUUUUUGGUAAUAUGUUCAUAUUGUAUGUAAUUGUUUUUGUACGGAAGUAUCUUGGGUGUGGUAAUGAUGUUAUGUUCACUGGCAGUAAUUUGGAGAGUCUCCACUUAACUCAGCCAGCCAAGCUGAUUAGCAAUUAUGGCGGUAGCCUCCAGAUAUGUCCUUCUACACAAACACAAAACUGGACCAACAGGCGGAAGGCCAAAUUUGCUUUUUUUUUUGAGAUUUGACUCAAAAUCAAACAGUGGACAUAUUAUUUUAAGUACAGUGACUCACUUCUUCUUAAAAUCGAUUGUGAUUAUACAAUCCCAGAGAGGGAAAAAUAUACUGUUGAGUAUUUGACAGUUGGUGUUAUGCCACAAACCUUUAUUACGAAUAAAUUCAGUUAAUUUAGCUGUAGCCUCGUUUAAUCCCUUAAAAACAUGUCACAAUUCAGUCAGUCAGCGAGACACCACCUCUGUCAGCAGAGUGGGCCUUCUGCUGUUGUGGUGUUAAUAUAGAUCUCACCCAGUCUAUGCAGAGUGUCGCCAGGCAGGCAGGCCUUUAGGCAGCCACAGCCCUAAUCUUGUUUGAAAGGCUGGUCUCUUUUCCUGUCAUCUCCCUGUGUGCUUGUCUCGGUGGCCACACACGUACACCCCCCUGCCCCCAUCACAAAAUCCUAUCCUAUGAAUACUCUACUGUAAGAGAUCUCACGUACACACACUUUACCUACUUGCUCACAGAUGAAAGCAUAACAUCCCAUUUGAGCAGCCACAUUCUCUCCCUCUCAGGCACACACACACUCACACAAACAUGCUCUCUGUGAUGCUGUGCCCCAGGCUGGCCGCCCUCUCCAUCUGCCCCACCUCCAGUGCCCACAGCUCAACUUUGAUCUGUCUUUCCAGAGACAGAGGCUUGUGUAUGCGAACUAUGUAUGUAAGAGUGUUUGCGUAUACACAUUUAUGCAAUCAAAGACGUGUUGCUUUUCUCUGCGUCGGUGUGUGUUACAAUUGUAUCUCCCCUCCAGCUGUAGAUAGACUGAUGUGUAGAUUCAGUUGGUCUGUGUGUGUGUGUGUGUUGGUAGGUGGUGCAGCAGAAGUGCCAGCUGUUAUUUGGUGUGGGGUUUGCUGGUGUAGAAGGCCGUCAGCUAGAUGAGCAGCAAGUCGCUGUGUGACAAGACGAAGCUCUGAGGGGAUUUAGGCCUGAGAUGUCGGGGAGGGAGGAGUGUGUGUGUCGGUGUUCAGACCCCUCUUCCCAUCAUGCUUCUCUCCGUUUGCUCUUUCUGCGGUUCCCUCAUUCGUCAGCGAACAGGGUUGCGACCCUGUCUGAAGGGAUGGUCUCUUGGGCUUCUUGCUGAGCAUCUGUUGAAAGAUCACAGUUCAGGCUACAUUUCAGGAGGUCUCCUCUCAUCCUACUGCCUCCAUCUCUCCCUCUCCCCUCCAUCUUUUUGUUCCCUCUCCCACCCCUUUGUCUGUCUGUCUGUCUGUCUGUCUUUAUUACUCUAAAUCCCCUCCCCACUGCAACUAGAGCUCUCUUCUGCCAUUUUGUUAUCCUACUUGCUGUCGCCUCUACCCUCUCUUGUUCCCUUCCUCUAUACCCAUCCAUCUCCAUGCUUAAAUAUCAACAGGCUUGGAUCUGUCACUCCAGAGGGCCAUUGAUUUUGUUUUGUUGCUUUGAGGAAUCCACUUGAAAGACAAUAACAGACUGUCCCCCAAGAGCAGCGUCGCAGACUGAUUAUAGCCUCCUCAACAAACACACUCUGUGGCUCAUGAAGGACGGCUUUUUAUAAUGCCUGAAGGGACAGUUUGAAUACCUGAUAUGUAUGUGUCUACUACUGUAUGUAGUUAUUUUACAGCAAAUUGUGGUGACUUGUAUGGUAUUGCAUCCAAAUAGUUUUUUUUUAUUUUUUAUUAGUUAUUAAGUUUUGGCUCUGUUUGUAAGCAAACCAAAGUGUUUUUAUUUUAUGAUGUAGAGAAAAUAAAUUAUAUAAAGGAAUGUAUCAGACUGACAGCUGUAAAGGGGAAAAAAAGCACUUUUAUUUGCACCAAGUUGAAAUGAGACUAUUUAUUUUUUAAAUACUGUACAUAAAUAAGUACUUAUUAAUUUAUGUUUGUAUUUUAUACUGUAUGCCUGUUGAUGGUCCGGUGAUGAUAUUGUAAAGUAAGUGUAUGCCUGUCUCAUUUUAUAAGAUCUGUCUUUUUUCCGCCUGCAACGUUGCCUGCCUGUGACAUCAUCUUCAUGUGCCCAGUUCUGACCAAUGACAUUUCAGGACAGGAAUAAAGAGCUGAGACAUGAGUUGGUCAGGAGAGGUGAAAGAAAAUAUGAUGAUGAAAUGAAAUGCAUCUGAUGUAUGUUGCUUAUUUUGAAAGAAAAGAAAACAAACACGAGAUUAAAUAUUUUUUAUCAUC